UCCGGUUACUCUCGAACGAUAUGUAUCGAUUCGUGCAGAAGACAAAUCGCAAACGAGAAAGGUUUCUUUCCGACAGAACGCUUACGGUGAAACGUCAACAUGUUGAUGCCAAAAAAGAAUCGUGUAGCGAUUUAUGAAUACCUCUUCAAGGAGGGUGUUAUGGUAGCAAAGAAAGAUUACCAUGCACCAAAACACCCAGAAUUGGAGUCAAUUCCUAAUCUCCAAGUUAUUAAAGCAAUGCAGUCUUUGAAAUCCAGAGGAUACGUCAAAGAACAGUUUGCGUGGAGACAUUUUUACUGGUACCUCACAAAUGAAGGCAUCGAAUAUCUGCGUGGAUAUUUGCAUUUACCUCCUGAAAUUGUACCAUCCACGUUGAAGAGACAAGCUAGGCCAGAAGCAUCAAGACCACGACCCGCAGCAGCCACAAGAAGCGAAGCAUCUAGGCCAACAGAAGAUCGUGCUGGAUAUAGGAGAGGACCUGGAGGUCCAGGUAGCGCAGGUGACAAAAAGGCUGAUGUGGGAGCGGGUACUGGUGACGUUGAAUUCCGUGGCGGUUUUGGACGUGGUAAACCACAAUAAUAUUUUAAUGUAAAAUAAAUAAAUCUUUCGUAAUCAAA